UAAAAUUCACUUCAAGCUUCCUUCCGCUUUCUGCACAGCAAGACGACUGAGAGGCAUUUUAAGAACACAAACACUCUGGCCGCCACUGUAUACACAUCUGGAAACAAUAUGGACAUCAAUGACAUUCCCACGACUGGUGCUUCUUGUGCAACAGCCAAGCAAGACAAAUUGAAAGUUUGUGGAGUAGAGGCUUCGAAAAAAAUGGCCCAAAAUGACUUAGGACGCAUAAAUAAAUACAAGAGUAACAUUCUCUCAGUGGCUAAACAAAAAAAUACCGAUCCAUCUAUAAUUGCUGGUAUUAUGUCUCGGGAAUCACGUGGAGGAAGCGUUCUGAAAGAUGGUUGGGGUGACCAUAACAAUGGCUUUGGCCUGAUGCAGGUUGAUAAAAGGUACCAUACACCUAAGGGAACCUGGUAUAGCGAGACACAUAUUGCCCAGGCAGUAGAUAUUUUUAAUUCAACAUACAAUCAGAUUGAGAAGAAAUUUCCAGGGCAACCCAAAGAAGGUUUACUGAAAGGGGCUAUUGCUGGAUAUAAUACCGGUGCUGGAAAUGUGAGGGACCUAAAUAAUGUUGAUCAAUGCACAACUGGAAACGAUUAUGGCAACGAUGUUGUUGCACGAGCGCAGUUCUUCAAAAGUAAUGGAUAUUAAAGCUGAACUUCAGCCUUCAUGCUUAGUCUAUACCUGCACAGUUGUAUAGGCUCCUCUGAUGUACUGAAUUGCUGAUUUCACUGCACACUGUAGGCUUCUCAUCCUACAAAUACAUGGAUACAUAUAUGAAUAAAUGAAAAAAAGCCAAACAUUCUGAAAGAAAAAAAAA